UCAUCACGAUCAUCGCCGUGCCACCUGGAAUAUGGAUAUUCCCCAAACUGUUUGCAGAUGUUGGCGUUGUGAGUGGCUCUUUGUGUUGUACCUUUCGGAAUGCCGACGAGUGGCUGCCAGAUUGAAUCAUUUAUUCCAUUGUGGGAAUGGGACCUACCGAAGAAGAAGGGCGAGAGGAGAAGGAAAGGCAAGAAAGGGGCAGGUGGAGAAGAGUAUCGAGAAAGCAGAACCGCAAAACGGUGCCAGUGAUGUGCAAGCAACGGCAGAUGAUUCUGCUGGGAGUUCACGUCCGGAGAGUAGAUCGGCACGUGUAGAGGAAGUCCCCGACGAGGACUCAUGACGGGGUGAUUACAUGUUGGGGAUCCGGGACACUGGAGCCAGUAGGAUAUGCACAAUUGUGUGCACCUUAUAUAUUUUACCAGGUACCCCACGUACUAUUACCACAUUUUGGUGCGAUGGGAGCAUUCCAUUCCGUUUCGAACUUCCGGGAGUUGUGCGGAUUAGUCAUCGCGUGUGUCGGAGUACUGAGUUCUUCUGUUUCCUCACUAUCUCGAAAUGCGCUUUCCGUUAGUUGGAGAACACCAGCAUUCCGACGUUUUCUGUCAGACGAGGCCCGCGCGAAAAUCCAUGCAGCAGUGAAUGAGCAUCCCGUCGUAUUAUUCAUGAAAGGCACUGCGGAAAUGCCUCAGUGCGGUUUCUCGCGUGCGGUCAUUCAAGUCUUGGAUAUGCACAGAGUACCAUCAAAGAAAUUGCGAACAUACAACGUCCUCGAAGACCCAGAACUCAGGGGCGGCAUAAAGGAAUUUUCUGACUGGCCGACAAUUCCGCAACUGUACGUUAAUGGGCAGUUUGUGGGUGGAUGUGACAUACUUUUGUCGAUGCAUCAGUCCGGGGAAUUGGAGGCUCUACUUGAAAAGCACGAUAUUAUCCCGAAGAUUGAAUCCUCGUCCCAGUCGUGAUUGAGAUUCCGCAUCUGCGACACCCCUGCCCGAUUCGUAAACGCAACUCUGCUGUUCAGGGAGGUUAACUCGCCGUGUCUAUGGUAUAUUUCGGACAUUUACCGGUAGACGGGAAGAGUCUCCUGCUAGAGUCCAAUGACACACUUUAACACUAGCAUAUCCUUAGUAGUACAGUAUUUGACGCGCACACA